CGCGCCGGCCAGAUCCAAGUGCUCUUGUCCACACACUGCGUGAUAUGAUUGGAAGUCACGGGCUCAGGGAUGAGCUUACUGCUGGAGGUCUGUUGAAGGACUAUCUCCAUGUUCUUAGAGAUAUGCAGAUGCAGCUGACUGCUGCUCUAGAGUUCUUGAAGCCACACAUUGAUUUGUUGGAAAGCCUUGUUGAGGGUCCCAUGAAAGCAGAGAACUGUACCAUGGGCACAGGACCCAGUCAUAUGGAGAAAACACCAAAGUCCAAAAACACACCGUGUCCCUACAGCAGUCAGAGUCAAGAACCAGUCUCCAGAGGGGCAACAGCUUGUCCUGCGAUUGCGGGUGACCACCAACACACAUUUUCACAACAUCCCAGCGAAUCAAACAGCGUAAAAGUCCACAUACAUGUCUAUGGAGAAACCCUUGGAGCUCACAAAGCAGUGCUGGCAAGGCUGCCCAUACAGGAGAGCAGCAGAGAGGACUGCAGGCUGAUUCUGGUCUUUUGUCCGGUGGUGUCGCGAGUUGGAACUGACAUUGAAGUGGCUCUAAAGGACGUCCCAGCUAAUAAAGGGGUCAUUCUGAUAGUGAUGCACCACACCUUUGACCAAAACUAUACCACAAAUCCACGGAUACCACAGUCCUCUGCAACAAUAGUGCAAAGUGUGAAUAUAUUGUUUCAUGAAUCAAGAGGUGGUGUAUUCCAAUGUGGAGCAAAUGAACAAGCUAUUACUCAGCUAAAGACAGCUUUGAGCCAAUACAUUUGAGACAUUUUCCUCUGA